AUGAUGAGAAACGAGAUUUUGGCCAGAAAAUUUGAUCAGAUUGCUUAUGAUCACAAUAUGCGGAUUGAGUGCAGUUUUAACUGUAAUCGCCCAGGAAAGGCCGGCUUUCGUCUUCCUCUGCUUAUGGAACACAUCAUUUGGCAUCAUAACAAAGUCCCAUUCAACCAUUAUUGCAAGACGGACGGCUGUAAAGCUGAAUUUUACGGAACGAUCGAUGCAGUUGCACAUGCAAAGGAUGGUCACGAAGUGGUAUCUCACGAUGUUCAACAAACAAUCAAAGAGUUCUGGAAUGGUCGGGAAAAAACUGCAAAACAUUGGCAAUGGGAGCACGCUUACUUCCUCCAUGGAAAGAUGGUAGCGGAGCAUUUAAUUGAGCAGCUCCUCAAGGAAGGAUAUUUGCAACUUGGUCCACUUUGCCGUCAGGAAGAGAAAACCCUUGAAUAUAUACCAAGUGGGCUAGAUCAGAUGGGAACAGAACGCUCGCAAGGAAUUGGACGUGCUGCACAAGCAAGCUUGGGAGCAGCUCUCAUGGAAAACAGUGGAGGUACUGGAAAUUGCUUGGGUGGAUUCAGGCGUCAACCCGACUUUGCUUCUAGACGCUCCCGAGAGGUCUACUCUCCGCGCACGCCAGUGUUUGAUGAUGCCCCUGGGACUCCGCUCUUUAAACCAAGCGGCAAUGGCAGCGGCACUGGGGACUCAUUCGAAAACGCAUUCAAGCCUCGAGAUAGUGAUAGAGCUUCACGUGGCGGGAGAGGAAGAGGAGGAGACUAUCGCUCAGGAGGGCAUGAUGAAACACCAAACAACAGAUAUGCUAUUGCUGGAGGCGGAGGUAGAAACGAUGACAGUCACCGGGGAAGAUGGAUUCGCCGGGGUGGUCGUGGAGGAGGACGCGGCGGACACGGAGAUUAUAGACAAAGAAAUGGCAAUGACACUUGGUUGGAUGCCUCUUCAACUGCUGUUAUAGAUAACGAUUUUGCCAAUAAGAACUAUGGAACUUCUGCCAAACGUCUUUACGCAGACUCAAGUACUAUCAGUAAUACCAAACGCCGCGCACGUUCAUAUUCUCGAUCAGAUAGUGAAAAAGAAGACGGUGAAGUUGAUUCCGAGAACGGGAAGACUGAUGACCGCCUGACACCAGCUCUAGAUGGUGCACCUCGUCAGUGCAGUAGGCGAUCGUGGUCUGGCAGCAGCUCUGACAAAGAUGAUGGACCAUCGGUCAUAGUGAACAAGAUACCGGCAGAGAAACUAUCGAUAAAGAGGAAGACUGAGGCUGGGGCCGUCCCAAGUCGUGAGCGCCGUGGCCGUGAGCGAUCAUAUUCACGAAGUGACAGCGAC